AAUGCUACAGGCAACGUUUUUAAUUGCUCAUUGGUAAGCGCCAACCCUGUUUUUAUACAGGAAGAUAUCUGUCGCCAUCUAACGGUAGGAUGCUCUAACAGCAGCGGAAAAGUGGGUUAAACCCGUCGUGACGUCAGACGCAAAAGAGCGUCGCUGUAUUUUCCUCAUCGGUCUCAGGUGUCUCUAACCGGCAAUCAGGAAGGAGUUACAGUACGUACUUAGCUGUUUGGUCUCAUUCUGACGGCACCCAUUCACUGCACAGGAGGUUCCAGUGUUGAAAUGACAUUGGGAGCAGUUGCCUCUGUGAUCCUAGCCAUAGGAGGAGCUGCAGUGUUUUCUGCUCUUCAUAAGAUUGAAGAGGGACAUGUGGGUGUUUACUACAGAGGUGGAGCUCUGCUGACCUCCACCAGUGGCCCUGGCUUUCAUCUGAUGCUGCCUUUUAUUACUACAUUCAAGUCUGUACAGACAACGCUGCAAACAGAUGAAGUAAAGAAUGUUCCAUGUGGCACAAGUGGAGGCGUAAUGAUCUACUUUGAUCGCAUUGAGGUGGUAAACUACCUUGUUCCCACAGCAGUUUAUGGCAUUGUGAGAAACUUCACUGCAGACUACGACAAAGCUCUGAUUUUCAACAAGGUGCACCAUGAGCUGAAUCAGUUCUGUAGUGUGCACACACUUCAGGAGGUCUACAUAGGUCUAUUUGAUCAAAUAGAUGAGAAUCUUAAGCUCACACUGCAGGAGGAUCUAAACGGCAUGGCCCCCGGACUCAUCAUUCAGGCGGUCCGUGUCACCAAACCAAACAUUCCAGAAAGCAUUCGCAGGAACUAUGAACUAAUGGAGAGCGAGAGAACAAAGUUACUGAUUGCAGCUCAGACUCAGAAGGUUGUAGAGAAGGAGGCAGAAACGGAGAGGAAAAAGGCUGUGAUUGAGGCAGAGAAGGUGGCUCAGGUGGCUGAAAUAAAAUUUGGCCAGAAAGUUAUGGAAAAAGAAACAGAGAAAAAGAUCUCCGAAAUUGAAGACAGCGCUUUCCUUGCUAGACAGAAAGCAAAAGCAGAUGCAGAGUUUUACACCGCACAGAGAGCAGCCGAGGCCAAUAAGCUAAAACUGACCCCUGAAUAUCUCACGUUGAUGAAAUUUAAGGCAAUAGCGGCUAAUAGUAAGAUUUACUUUGGAAGUGAGAUCCCGCACAUGUUCAUGGACACGGGACCAGGAGGCUCCUCCUCGGCUGCUUCCAAAGCCAUAGACGCCCUCUCGGAGGGCAUACUGGACUUGGAAUGACGACAGAUGUUGCAUUGUAGCAUUGAGGAUAAAUUAACAGGUAAUAAAGGAGACUAAUGGUAAGUCCUUAGGUGUGUUGGUACAGUCAGUGCAGAUGAAACAGCUAGUGAAGUGAAACGGUGCUGUACCAGUUGGACACUAUACCUACAAUUAUACCCUGUUGAGUUGAUCACAAGCCAGUGGUGGAUAACUAGAGAAUUACACUAUUAAAUAGAACAGAGUGUGGGAAUGUGAAAUCGGAUGUACUGUAAGAUUAGAACCUGCUUUGUGCAUGAUUUAAAUGUUUUAAGAUGCGUUGAGUUUGAAAACUAAAGAGGCAUUCAUUUUUUUUUUUUUUUACAUUGUGGAUUUUGACUGAUCUACAUUCAAAGACUUUUGUACCUCAGGGAUUCUCUUGUUGGGUUUACAAAAUUAAACACAGAAUACAUGCUAGAUUAGGAUUGUGUUCUUAACUAUGUUGACAUUUGAAUUUUUACUGACUGAGCUGACUGUUCUUGUUUUUCGACCAAGCUGUAAAAAAUUCAAAACGUAUGGCAACAAAAUUAUGAAAACUUUCCUAAUUAAACUAUUAACUAAAAUAUUUCGAGAGGUAACAGUUUAUAGUCAUGAAAAUCCUGCAAAAUCAUCUGUAAAGUCGUGCGAUACCAGUGUAACAUAUAGAUUUUAUUAUUAAAUAUAAAAGUAUAGCAUCAUACGUAAUUGUUUAUCAGUUGUGUGCAGAGUUUAAGUAUGGGUUAAUAAGAAUCUUUUCAUCUUAAGCGAUGUGCAGUUUACUUUAAAAUGAUAUGCCCCAUUAAACCGCACAGCACCCAGAGGAGUGCAAUCGCGUAUCUUCUCCAGUCGUUUUCACAUUUCUGUGGAUUUGGGACACUUAAUUCUUUGUCAUAGUCUCACCACUGACCUUUAGAAAGCAGCCUGCCCGUGGGCUGUUUCUCACUCGUGUCGUUAGUCAUAUUUGGGAAAUGUUUGUAAUUUCAGUUUUCCCUAAACUGUGGUUCUGUUAAAAAAUACGAAAAAGUAGAGCAAAGGCUUUUUUUUUUCAGUGUUAAAAUUGUUAUAAGAUCAUGUACAGUAUUUUAUUCUAGUAGCUCCAGAUGUAGCUCAAGUGGAUGAGUAGCUUGCUUUCUUUUGUUGUCAGGAAUGUAGGCUACCUGUUUACAUCCAUACAUGUCUAAAUAUGACGGCACAUAACAUAAACCGUUUUUUGCUGAUAUAUGUAUAGAUGCCCCCAAUAAUUAACAUCAUUCCUCUUUUUUGUGCAUUUGAAAUUAUAUCCUCACUGUUACUUUAAAAAGGCUUUAAUUUAGUUUUGAAGGGCCAUGUUUAUUUGAACUUGUCAUGCUUAUGUCUGAGAACUGGCAUGCUUUAAACACUGUAGCCGAUUGUGUAAUACCUUGUUCGAAACCUCAAAGACCCAUCAGAGCUUCCCAAAGACUUUUACUGUUCAUAUCUGUGUUUUGCACGAGCACUGAAUGCAUGUUGAAUCACUGUCUGUUUUUAGUAGGUUGUCAUGGUUACAGUUUCUGUAUGUAUUGGGUGCAUAAUUGUUUUUAUACAGUAAAGUUUUCUAAAGAAG